UGUCCCCAUCCCUGUCCCCAUCCUUGACCUCUCUGUCCCAUCCUUGUCCCCAUCCUUGACCUCUUUGUCCCCUCCUUGUCCCAUCCUUGUCCCAUCCUUGAUCUCCUUGUCCCCAUUGUUGUCCCCAUCCUUGUCCCCAUCCUUGACCUCCUUGUCCCAUCCCUAUCUCCAUCCUUGACCUCCUCGUCCCCAUCCCUGUCCCCAUCCCUGUCCCCAUCCCUGUCCCCAUGUCCCCUCCGAGCUGGCCGGUGGCCCUGGCGGUGGCUUUGGGGGUCACCGGAUGGGCUUUGUUGGUGGCCGCAUUGUCCCAUUCCGCGUGGGGACUCGGAGGGACCGCCGGAAGCGUCGUCACCACCGUCACCGUCCUCCGAGGGCUUUGGGCCGACUGCGUCACCGACGCCACCGGAGUCACCUCCUGCGUCCCCUCCAUCUCCCUCAUCACCCUUCCCGGGUACCUGCAGGGCUCUCGGGCUCUCGCCGUCACAGCCGCCGUUUUGGGGACCGCGGGGGUGGCUUUGGGGGCCGCGGGGACACAGAGGCGCCUGCGGGUGACAGCGGGGACCCUGCUGCUGCUGGCGGGUGUUUGUGCCGCCAUCGCUGCCGCCUGGUUCGGAGCGGCCGUCACGCAGGAGUUCUUUGACCCCAAUCAUGGGGGGGCCCGGCCCCCCCAGGCUCCCUCCCCCCCCCGCCCCGCGGCCGCUUCCACUGCCAGUCUGGGGGGGGGCUACGGCCUCAACGCCUACGUCUGAAGUGGUGGACGGACAGACAGACACCCAUCGAGACCUCUCUAAACCCAUGAAAACAACAUUAUGAACCCCCCCGAGAUGAAAUGG